UAUGAACGUGAUUUCUGAUGAAACUGGAAUGGAAUAAUUUUCAUGAUCUUUGUAUAUUUAUAUGUAUAUAUUUUAAAAUUUUGCAUUUGACUUAAAGUGCCAUGAGAAAAUUUGCAUAUUGCAAGGUGGUCCUAGCCACCUCCUUGAUUUGGGUACUCUUGGAUAUGUUCCUGCUGCUUUACUUCAGUGAAUGCAACAAAUGUGAUGAAAAAAAGGAGAGAGGACUUCCUACUGGGGAUGUUCUAGAGCCAGUGCAAAAGCCUCAUGAAGGUCCUGGAGAAAUGGGGAAACCAGUCGUCAUUCCUAAAGAGGAUCAAGAAAAGAUGAAAGAGAUGUUUAAAAUCAAUCAGUUCAAUUUAAUGGCGAGUGAGAUGAUUGCCCUCAACAGAUCUUUGUCAGAUGUUAGGUUAGAAGGGUGUAAAACAAAGGUGUAUCCAGAUAAUCUUCCUACAAGUGUGGUGAUUGUUUUCCACAAUGAGGCUUGGAGCACACUUCUGCGAACUGUCCAUAGUGUCAUUAAUCGCUCUCCAAGACACAUGAUAGAAAAAAUUGUUCUAGUAGAUGAUGCCAGUGAAAGAGACUUUUUGAAAAGACCUCUAGAGAGUUAUGUGAACAAACUGAAAGUACCAGUUAAUGUAAUUCGAAUGGAACAACGUUCUGGGUUGAUCAGAGCUAGAUUAAAAGGAGCUGCUGUGUCUAAAGGCCAAGUGAUCACCUUCCUGGACGCUCACUGUGAGUGCACAGUAGGGUGGCUGGAGCCUCCCUUAGCCAGGAUCAAACAUGACAGGAGAACAGUGGUAUGUCCUAUCAUUGAUGUGAUCAGCGAUGAUACUUUUGAGUACAUGGCAGGGUCUGAUACGACUUACGGUGGAUUCAACUGGAAGCUCAAGUUUCGCUGGUGUCCUGUUCCCCAAAGAGAAAUGGACAGAAGGAAAGGUGAUCGAACUUUUCCUGUCAGAACACCUACAAUGGCAGGAGGCCUUUUUUCAAUAGACAGAGAUUACUUUCAGGAAAUUGGAACAUAUGAUGCUGGAAUGGAUAUUUGGGGAGGAGAAAACCUGGAAAUUUCUUUUAGGAUUUGGCAGUGUGGAGGAACUUUCGAAAUUGUUACAUGCUCACAUGUCGGACAUAUGUUUCGGAAAGCUACACCUCACACGUUUCCAGGAGGCACAGGGCAGAUUAUCAAUAAAAAUAACAGACGACUUGCCGAAGUGUGGUUGGAUGAAUUCAAGAAUUUCUUCUAUAUAAUUUCUCCAGGUGUUACAAAGGUGGAUUAUGGAGCUAUAUCAUCGAGACUUGGUCUAAGACAGAAACUACAAUGCAAACCUUUCUCUUGGUACCUAGAGAAUAUUUAUCCUGAUUCUCAAAUUCCACGUCACUAUUUCUCAUCGGGAGAGAUACGAAAUGUGGAAACAAAUCAAUGUCUAGAUAACAUGGCUAGAAAAGAGAAUGAAAAAGUUGGAAUUUUUAAUUGUCACGGCAUGGGAGGAAAUCAUGUUUUCUCUUAUACUGCCAACAAAGAAAUUAGAACAGCUGACCUUUGCUUGGAUGUUUCCAAACUUAAUGGCCCAGUCACAAUGCUCAAAUGCCACCAUCUAAAAGGCAACCAACUUUGGGAGUAUGACCCAGUGAAAUUAACCCUGCAGCAUGUGAACAGUGAUCAGUGCCUGGAUAAAGCCACAGAAGAGGAUAGCCAGGUGCCUAGCAUUAGAGACUGCAAUGGAAGUUGGUCCCAGCAGUGGCUUCUUCGAAUUGUCACCCUUCCAGAAAUAUUCUAAGACCAAAUUUACAAAAAAAUAAAAAAUAAGGAUUGACUGGGCUACCUCAGCAUACAUUUCUGCCGCAUUCUUAGGUAGCAAAAAA